AUGUCUUCCACUGUUAAGGCUACCAACGUCGAGGAGGUGCUACCCAACGAUGAAGACCUAGGACGCAGGAACUGUCGUUGGCGGGAGCUGGUUAAGAAGUAUGAGCAAAACGCCCUGAACCAGUCGAACAACAGCAUGGACAUCGACACGGCGAUAGGCAUGCUCGAUCAGGAGAUGAGCAACGAAAGCUCGGUCAGCGACGUCGUUGAGGCUUCAUCCGAGGAACACAGCGCCGAAGAAAACCCGCAGGAGAUCGAACGGCAGCUCAAAGUGGCCGUACCAUUGCGCCAGCGCCAAUGGGAAUCAAACGGGCUGAAGGAAAUCCUAGAAGACAACGAAUUCCGCAUGCUCAGCCACGAGAAGGUCGAAAACUGGCUGCAGAAUCACAUGUGUAGCAUCACCGGCCACUACAACGUGCGCUACCAAACGCAACAGGUUACCACGGUAACGGAAACGCACAUGGACGCCGAUGCCGACUCGCAGUAUUCGGUUGACACGGCGCAGUACAUCCGCUCGAACAAAAAGAUCAGCAACAAGCUGAAAGUGACGACCAUGAUCAAGCAGUACUCAGUAACGAGCUCCGUCCGCCAGUUCUCCUCUCUUGGGGUCAUUCUCGACGAGCCCAGUGCCGACAAGCAGAACAAUCGUCUAUCGCAUCCGCUAAUGCGAGCCCUCGCCAAGUCGGACAGUGCGUGUGACGGAAAGCGAGCACUUCCACGGUACAGCUGCGUGCUUCCACAGAGAACAACAGCCGACAGGCACGAGCGGGCGGCAAUGGUAACCGAAGGACCCGCCGAAUCACGGCGUAACAGGAGAAAAGUGUUUAAAAAAACCAUCCCCCGCAAGCGGCCAGCCGCCCUAGCAGCCGAUCGUACGAUCUCGCCGCAAAGUUCUCCUGUGGCGGCUGCGAGCAAACCACGCUACGAUUCGGAGCUACUGUACGCCAAGGCGAUGGAACAUUGCGCGAAGAUGAAGAAAACUAAAACGCCUCGGCGAAAGGUGUCGAAAAAGUUUGCCAAUCGCAUGUACACUACGUCCACGUCGUCCUCCUCCCCGAGCGACAGUGACGAAGUGUUUCUCGGUCCAGCCGCAUCCCGGGAGAAACCGUCCGUUAAUCGCCCCGCCAUGCAGACUGUUGCCAACAGCGCACGUACGCCCACCGUGUGCCGGUCAAAGACGCCUUCGCCAAACAAGGCGUCCCCCACGGAGCGAGAGAUUGUCGAACCGUUUCAAUCGAUCACGCUCAAUGCCUCUAAACGCCAGCGGCUGCAACCGGCCGGUCCGGACGCAACGGCCUGUGGUUCUGCGAAAGCGUCGAAGAAACGCGUCGGUAUCCAGCGGGACGGUUGCUACCACGAAGAAGGAGUGGUGAUCUAUCGCCCUUCCACGAUCCGGCCUCAUCUGGCCGCAUCCGAGCGUAUCAAUCUGCGCGUGGACGACCUCAUGCUGCAGGGUGUCACCAAGCAGCGGCACCUGGCGAAAUUCCAGCAGUUCAAUCAUCGCAUUCACCCGAACUCGACCGUUUGUUUCUACCCGAGCGACUCUGCAGACAGUGCCGAGGAGGCACCCAACGUGACCCAGGGCGAAAUGGAUCACACCGGGGCGGGAGAAUCGUACGAUGACGAUGAUCCAAUUCUCACAUUCCAUCCUCGCCACACCAAGCUACUCAACGUGGUGGAGAUUCCGCAUCGCCGGAACAUUGCCUAGCACAGGGACCGAACGGGCGGGAUUUCGAAGCCAGAGCCAGCCGCCGGAUCUCACCCGGAAGCGCCCGAUGUUCAACUGUCUAGCGCAUGUCAUGCUUCGCGUCGUACUUUAGGAGUUAAGUUGCGUACAGGUAUCGAUCAUCAGUUAACAUGGGUUUUCUUUGUGCAUUAUA